CCCCCCUCCAAUCCCCCCUCACUUCACAACAUAAGCAGCAAGUGCGUGAUUCCAUGUCAUGAUGCUCGGCGAAAAAAUUUGGCCGCGAUAGUCACGCGGAAUCCGUGCAAGCUGAGGCAUCUUCGCGCACUCGCAGCGCACAUAGAGAUACACAGCAGCACGAUUAUCCUUGCAGGCGCCUCAGAGAGCCUGGCAGACCGCGCGGGAAGAGCAUGUCAGCGAUCGCCAUCAUGGCAAGGCGGCCAGGGGGAGUCCUGGCGACCAGCUGCAGCUUAGAGUCGGCGUGGCUCGGCAUCAGGACAGUGAAACCUGAGUCGCCGGUCGCCACGGGGACGUCCACGGACUGCUUCUGGGACAGCUCGCAGAACGCGCCGUGAACCAUACUUCGCAUCCAGCAUGCCUCCGGGGUCGAGGGCGCGCGGGACAUAUAGCCCGGCAGCGCAGCGGUGGUCGCGGGAUUGACGUAAUCCUUCAUGGACGCGAGCAUGGAACCGCGGCCGUGCGAGGGCAGCGUCGGCCUCGGGCUCGCGAGGUGCUCCGUGCUGCCAUCUGCCACGAGGCCGGCUGGGUAGUUCCUCGCGCCCUCCUCGCGCACCUCGGCCGGUGACGACCUCGCAGCUGGUAGCGGGGUAGGGCCCCUAAGGCAGCCGCGCCGCCUCCCCCUGGCCCCGAGAGGGGGCGCUGGGGAGGGGGCCUGUCCAUCUCCGCUCUCGCAGCUGGUAGCGGGGCGGGGCCCGUAGGCUGAGGGGCUUGCCCACCUCCGCCGCGCGGCCAUGGCGCCCAGCGGCCUCGGCACUGGCAGCGGCAUCACGGUCUAGCGCCACGCGCUGCCCAUAACGGCGCAAGGCAGCCCCACGGUCUGGCAUGGAGAGCAACAUCGCCGCCGCCGUCAGCUUGCCCCCUGUCAUGAGCAGCGCGCCCGCAUCGGAGACCACGACGUUGCGGUCCACGGCAGCCGGAAGGUCCUCUGGCGCGGGGCGAGUCCGCAUGUGCACCCUCUGCAUCGCCAUCGGCCGAAGGAGAGCAGACGUAGGCGGAGCGGCCUCAGUAGGAUCCUGGGGCCGCCGCUGCUCAGCAGUCAUGCCGAGCUCCACUGCGGCCGCGGCGCUCAGGGAGGAGUGGGAGUCGGCGCUGGCGUGGUUGUCGGCAAUACCGUGGUGCUCGCUUUGCAACCUCCACGCCGGUGAUCAGGUCAGCCAGCAGCGCCUCGGGAGGACCAGCACUGGCUGGACGUGCAGCAAGGCGGGCACGAGGCAGAGCACGAUCUGCAUCAUCACUAGCAGGAACACGCACGGCAGGAACGGCACGAGUGAGAGCACGAGUGCGAGCCAAACCAGCGGCUGCAGCCUGGCGCUCCUCUGCGGUCAGGCGUGCCGUAUCAGCCUCGCGCUCAGCCGCUGCUAAGCGCCAGGCCCCAGCCUGUCGCGAAGCACCGGCGCGGCGCCUCGGCCAAGCAGCGCGGUAUGGUGUCACCGGGCACGUUGUCACCAGGGGGCCGGCCGUGGCAGCGGCAUGCGACCGCGCCGCCAAAGAAAAAACUAAGGGGCUGGAUCGCGAGCGCAAGCCAACCAGCCUCGGCGACCACCGCGGCGCAGCUGGUGCCAUCGUCUUGGCGCCCAAACCAGCCAGACCUGGCGCAGGGCUGGCGGGCGGCAGCGGCGGCACCCGUACACCCACAGCCUCUGGCGCCUCCACGUGCGCCACGAGCUCCGGCAGCAGGAUGUCCACGGGCGACACGACGAGGCCAGGGGGGGGGGGGCCACGCCCCAUCAGGUUGCGCACGUCCAUCGCCUGCACUUGCGCAUGCCGGAUGGCGACCCUGCGCGUCCGGAGGCGACGCCUGCCCGCAGCGGAGGCCACACCAGCUGGGCGGCACAACGUGGGGCAGGACAUCAGCAGGUAGCCAGCCAGAGGUUCGCCGUGCACGGCGCCGAAACCUCUCGAACUGGGGCGGCAGCU